AUGGCAUUUGAAUGCCAAAAGGAUACAGAAGACAAUUUGCGAAAUACUUCAACAAAUCACUUGGAUAGUUCUCAAGCUGGAAAAGCCGUCUCGGAUCAACUCAAUUUGACCAGCAACAGAAAGCUCGAACCUUUGGAGUCUGAAAAUCUUCAAGGUGCAUUUUCCAAACUUGGGAUCCAUUCUACUGAUCUUUUUCUCAAAUCAUCUAGGUCAUUCACUGACCUUCCUCCAGCUCUAGUGUCUGAAAUCCUCAAUUUCCUCGACCCAAAAGAACUUGGGACCAUUUCUUGUGUCAACACAUCUCUCUACAAGCUCGCCUCAGAACACCACGUGUGGAAGGAGUUCUACCGCGAGAGGUGGGGCCAUCCGGUGAACUCUAUCGGGUUGGGGCAGGACGAUAAGUCAUGGAAAGAACUAUUUGUUGAGCGGGAUUUUCGUAGCAAGACGAUAUACAGCGGUUCUUGGGAUAUGACCGUGCGGUUGUGGGACCGUGCUUCUUUGAAGUGUCUAAAGGUUUUGAUGCAUAACGACUGGGUUUGGAGCCUCGUGCCUCACGAGACCACUAUUGGUAGCACAGCUGGCUCGAGUGUCCACAUCUGGGAAACUAACACCGGAAAUCAGCUUGCUGUCAUUAAUGGUGCUCAUGGGGGUAACGUGUAUUCCCUUGCGAGAAGCCACACUGGAAAACUUCUGUUUAGCGGCGGGGAGGAUGGUUCUAUACACAUGUUUGAGAUAACUGGGAAUUUCGAGUGCGCACGAAAAAUAGCAACUUGGAUUCCCCACACGGGACCUGUCCACUCCCUUGCGUUCGAGUUUCCGUGGCUUGUGUCGGCCUCUAGCGAUGGGAGAAUCUCACUCAUUGAUGUUCGUGGGCUGCUGAAGACCAAAAAACGAUUUUCCACCGAGAAUGCUGAUUCGAAGGUUAUGUAG